AUGAUACUUGUAAUAUGUGGCCCGUCAGGUGUUGGUAAAGGAUCAUUUAUUCAUUAUAUAAUGUCUAAAUAUCCAAACAAAUUUAAUCUAUCCAUUUCUCACACAACUAGAAAACCUAGAACAGGUGAAACCCACGGAGUAGAUUACUACUUUGUUACUAAAGAAAAAUUUUUUGAAAAAGUAAAGAACAACGAUUUUGUUGAAUAUGCUGAAUACAACAAAAAUUACUAUGGCACAAGCAAAGCGGAAAUGUUAAGAUGUACAGAACAAAAAGAUAAAGUAAUUAUUUUUGAAAUUGAGAUCGUAGGAGCGAUGAAAAUCAAACAUUUACUCGGAGAUAAAGCUAAAUACAUUAAAGUCAUACCUCCAAGUUUCGAAACAUUAGAAAAAAGAUUACACAAAAGACAAACUGAAACAGAUGAAGAAAUUUCUGAAAGAAUCAAAUGGACCAAACAAGAACUAAUUAAAAUGGAAGAAAUGGAAUUUGAUGACACAAUAAUCAGCGACAAACUUGAAUCCUCAUGCGUCGAAUUCGACAAGCUUAUACACAGUUAUUUAUCUAAUUAA